AUGUCGGAGAAAAAGCAAGACGACAUCUUCCCCCCCGAGCCCUACCACGUCGAGUACAUCGAUAAGGAUCAGGGUGUCAUUGAUCAGGAUGCUGUCUUUGGAGAAAUCACCGAAGAAGGCCCGAAUUAUCGCAAUGUAGGAUGGCUCGGGACCACGGCCCUCAUGAUGAAGACCCAAAUCGGUCUAGGAGUUCUUUCGAUACCGUUAGCCUUCGACACCCUCGGACUGAUCCCGGGAGUCAUAGUCCUCUGCGCUAUUGCUGUUAUUACAACGUGGUCGGACUAUAUUGUGGGUGUCUUUAAGCUGCGCCAUCGGGAGGUAUAUGGGAUUGAUGACACGGGAGCACUUAUGUUUGGGUAUCCCGGCCGGGUCCUUCUUGGGGGGGCAUUCUGCCUUUAUUGGACGUUUGUCGCUGGCUCUGGAAUGCUUGGUGUCUCUAUCUCCCUUAAUGCAGUCUCCACCCAUGGCGCGUGCACGGCCGUCUUCGUGGCUGUAGCGGCGAUUGUAGGCUUCAUGCUUGCUAGCAUUCAAACCCUAGCUCGUAUCAGCUGGAUCGCAUGGGUAGGGCUGUUCGGUAUUCUUACAGCGAUCUUCAUCGUCACUAUUGCGGUCGGACUACAGGAGCGCCCAUAUGCAGCCCCACAAGAAGGCGUUUGGGUCUCAGACUAUAAGCUCAUUGCCAGCCCGACCUUUACACAAGCUAUCACUGCCGUGUCCUCAAUCGUCUUUGCCUAUGCGGGUACUCCUGCCUUCUUCUCAAUCGUUUCUGAGAUGCGCGAACCCCGCCAUUAUACCCGAUCCCUUGUUAUUUGCCAGUCAGUGGUUACUGCGACCUAUAUCGCCAUUGGUUGUGUUGUAUACUAUUUCUGUGGGUCUUACGUCGCUUCACCAGCUUUGGGCUCCGCUGGUCCGACCGUAAAGAAAAUCAGCUAUGGCUUUGCGCUACCAGGUCUCUUGAUGACCACUCUACUUGUCAUCCAUUUACCAGCCAAGUAUCUUUUCAUCCGUAUCCUGCAAGGCUCGAGGCACCUGACUGCGAACACAACUAUUCACUGGGCCACCUGGCUCGGUUGCACUUCGGGUAUCGCUAUUAUCGCCUAUAUCAUUGCCAGUGCUAUUCCCGUGUUCAACGACCUGGUGUCCCUGGUCGGUGCCCUCCUUGGCACUCUCAUGUCCUUCCAACCUAUGGGCUGCAUGUGGUUAUAUGAUAACUGGAGUAAGGGCAAGAUCAGUAAAUCGCCCAAGUGGAUUUUCAUGGUCUUCUGGAGCGGCUUUGUUAUUCUGUCCGGCACCUUUUUGAUGGUUGGGGGCACGUACGGAUCAGUUGUUUCCAUCAUCGACAGUUAUAAAAAGUCCGGUGGCUCGGCAGCUUGGUCUUGUGCUGAUAACUCCAAUUCGGUCUAA